CAGCCUGUCUUCCAACCCAGCCAGAAUCACUGGAGCCACAUUGUCCUUGAGCACGCCUACUCUCGGCAGCCACGGUUGAGAGGAGCGAGGUGGGAGAGAGAGAGAUCGGCUGAGUAAGGAACGACCAGGCGGAUCCCCAUCCAGCUCAAGGUGCCAUCUCUAAUACCUGGUGAGGAUGGCAGAAGGAGGAGAUGGCGAGGAGGAGAUCCAGUUUCUGCGCACGGAUGACCAGGUGGUGCUCCAGUGCACUGCCUCCAUCCUGAAGGAGCAGAUCAAGCUGUGUCUGUCGUGUGAGGGCUUUGGGAACAGACUCUGUUUCCUGGAGACCACUUCCAACGCCCAGAAUGUUCCUCCAGACCUGGCAAUCUGCUGCUUUAUCCUGGAGCAGUCUUUGUCUGUGCGAGCGUUGCAAGAGAUGCUGUCCAACACAUCGGACCUGAACGAGGCAGUUGAUUUGGACAAAUGGUCGUCCCAGGGCGGGGGUCACCGGACCCUGCUGUACGGCCACGCCAUCCUGCUGAAACACACCCACUCCAGCAUGUACCUCAGCUGUUUGACCACAUCUCGUUCGCUCACAGACAAACUAGCCUUCGACGUGGGCUUGCAAGAAGACUCCACAGGUGAGGCUUGCUGGUGGACGAUUCACCCCGCCUCCAAGCAGAGGUCGGAGGGUGAGAAGGUCAGGGUUGGAGACGACCUCAUCCUGGUCAGUGUGUCGUCAGAGAGAUACCUGCAUCUCUCCUAUGCCAGUGGAGACCUGAUGGUGGAUGCCUCCUUCAUGCAGACUCUGUGGACCAUGAACCCCGUGUGUUCAGGGUGUGAGCUGGUAGAAGGCUUCCUGACCGGAGGCUACGUCCUCAGGCUGUUCCAUGGACACAUGGACGAGUGUCUGGCCAUCGCUGCCGCCGACCAGGGGGAAGACCAGCGCAGAAAUGCUCAUUAUGAGGGUGGGGCCGUCUGUAGCCACGCCCGGUCUCUAUGGCGACUGGAGCCUCUCCGUAUUGGGUGGAGUGGAAGUCACAUCAAAUGGGGCCAGUCUUUCAGGGUGCGUCACAUCACCACGGGGCGAUACCUCUGUCUGGACGAAGAGAAGGGCCUCCUGGUGGUGGACUCUGAGAAGGCCAACUCCAAGAUGGCCGCUUUUUGCUUCAGAGCUACGAAGGAGAAAAUCGAGGUGGCCCAGAAGCGGGAUGUGGAGGGGAUGGGGACCCCGGAGAUCAAGUACGGGGAGUCCAUGUGUUUCGUGCAGCACGUUGCCACUGGCCUCUGGCUCACCUACGCCGCCGUCGACGCCAAAUCCGCCCGCCUGGGUCCUCUGAAGAGGAAGGCCAUCCUGCACAAGGAGGGCCACAUGGACGACGCCCUGACGGUGGCCCGCUCCCAGACGGAGGAGUCCCAGGCUGCUAGGAUGAUCUACAGCACGGCAGGACUCUUCACACAGUUCAUCAAGAGUCUGGACUCCCUGAGUGGGAAGGCCAAGACCCCCGGGCCCCCCUCCCUGCCCAUGGACGCCGUGGCUCUGUCCCUGCAGGACCUCAUCUUCUACUUCCGGCCCCCGGAGGACGAGCUGGAGCACGAGGAGAAGCAGUCCAAGCUGCGCUCGCUCCGGAACCGCCAGAACCUGUUCCAGGAGGAGGGCAUGAUCACCUUGGUGCUGGACUGCAUAGACCGUCUGAACGUGUACAACACUGCCGCCCACUUCUCUGAGUUUGCUGGGGAGGAGGCUGCAGAGUCCUGGAAGGAGAUUGUCAACCUGCUCUACGAGCUGCUGGCUUCGCUGAUCCGAGGUAACCGUGCCAACUGUGCUCUGUUCUGUGACAACCUGGACUGGCUGGUCAGCAAGCUGGACCGCCUGGAGGCGUCCUCAGGCAUCCUGGAGGUGCUCUACUGUGUUCUCAUUGAGAGUCCUGAGGUCCUGAACAUUAUCCAGGAGAACCACAUCAAAUCCAUCAUCUCCCUCCUGGAUAAACACGGACGCAAUCACAAGGUUCUGGACGUGCUCUGUUCUCUGUGUGUGUGUAACGGAGUGGCCGUGAGAUCCAAUCAGAAUCUCAUCACAGAGAAUCUACUUCCGGGUCGUGACCUCCUACUGCAGAGCAACAUCAUCAACUACGUGACAAGCAUGAGGCCCAACAUCUUCCUGGGAACGUGCGAUGGGUCGACCCAGUAUAAGAAGUGGUACUUUGAGGUGAUGGUUGACGACGUGGAGCCCUUCCUGACAGCGCAGGCCUACCACCUGCACGUGGGCUGGGCCCUGACGGAGGGGUACAGCCCCUACCCUGGAGGGGGCGAGGGCUGGGGGGGCAACGGCGUGGGGGACGACCUCUACUCCUACGGCUUCGAUGGACUCCACCUGUGGUCAGGUCGCGUCCCCCGUCACGUGGCGUGCCCCAGCCAGCACAUCCUGGCGGCCGACGACGUGAUCAGCUGCUGCCUGGAUCUGAGCGUGCCCAGUAUCUCGUUCCGCAUCAACGGCCACCCGGUGCAGGGCAUGUUCGAGAACUUCAACCUGGAUGGUCUCUUCUUCCCUGUCGUCAGUUUCUCCGCUGGCAUCAAGCUUCGCUUCUUGCUCGGAGGUCGCCAUGGGGAUUUUAAGUUCCUCCCGCCCCCUGGCUACGCCCCCUGCUACGAGGCGGUGCUGCCCAAAGACCGCCUCCGCAUCGAGCCCAUCAAGGAGUACAAACACGACUACAACGGGGUCCGCAACCUGCUGGGCCCCACGCUGUCGCUCUCCCACACCGCCUUCACUCCCUGCCCGGUGGACACGGUGCAGAUCGUGCUUCCUCCUCACCUGGAGCGCAUCCGAGAAAAGCUGGCGGAAAACAGCCACGAGCUCUGGGCGGUCACACGCAUCGAGCAGGGCUGGACCUACGGAUCGUUCCGAGAUGACAACAAGAAGCUGCACCCAUGUCUGGUGGACUUUGCUAACCUGCCGGAGCCAGAGAAGAACUACAACCUGGCCAUGUCUGGAGAAACGCUCAAGACUCUGCUGGCACUGGGCUGCCACGUGGGCAUGGGCGACGAGAAAGCAGAAGAGAACCUGAAGAGGAUCAAGCUGCCCAAGACGUAUGUGAUGAGCAGCAGCUACAAGCCCGCUCCUCUGGACCUCAGCCACGUCAAGCUGACGCCCAAUCAGAACACCCUGGUGGAGCGGCUGGCAGAGAACGGGCACAACGUGUGGGCGAGGGACCGUGUUCGCCAGGGCUGGACUUACAGCAUCGUGCAGGACAUCAUGAACAAGCGUAACCCUCGCCUGGUGCCGUACAACCUCCUGGACGACAAGACCAAGAAGACCAACAGGGACACCGUGUGUGCGGCGGUCCGCACUCUGAUUGGCUACGGGUACAACAUCGAGCCCCCCGACCAGGAGAGCAGUGGACACGGGGAUGGGAACUCUCGUUUGGAUAAGAUCCGGGUGUUCAGGGCAGAGAAGUCAUACGCAGUGACCCAAGGGAAGUGGUACUUUGAGUUUGAGGCGGUGACAGUGGGGGAGAUGAGGGUGGGCUGGGCUCGGCCCAGCGUCCGAGCCGACACCGACCUGGGCGCCGACGACCUGGCAUACGUCUUCAACGGCUUCAAGGCUCAGCGCUGGCAUGUGGGCAACGAGCCGUUUGGGCGCCAGUGGCUGUCAGGCGACGUGGUCGGCUGCAUGAUCGACCUGCCGGAGCAGAACAUCAUGUUCACCCUCAACGGAGAGAUGCUCAUCAGCGACUCGGGGUCAGAGAUGGCCUUCAAAGACAUUGAGAUCGGAGACGGGUUCAUUCCGGUGUGCAGUCUGGGCAUGUCCCAGGUGGGCAGGAUCAACCUGGGCCAGAACGUCAGCAGCCUGCGCUACUUCACCAUCUGUGGCCUGCAGGAGGGAUUCGAACCGUUCGCCAUCAACAUGAAGAGGGACAUCACCAUGUGGUUUAGCAAGAGCCUGCCCCAGUUCAUCCCUGUGCCCACGGAACACCCUCACAUGGAGAUUUCUCGCGUGGACGGCACUGUGGACAGCGCCCCCUGCCUGAAGGUCACCCACAAGACGUACGGCUCUCAGAACGCCAACACGGACUUGCUCUUCCUCCGGCUGAGCAUGCCCGUGGAGUUCCACGAGACCUUCAAGGUUCCCGCCGGCACCACACCCCUCACCCGCACCCUCACCAUCCCCGAGGACGAGGUUCUGGAGGUGGACCCCGACUCCGACUUCGAGGUGCUGAAGAAGUCGGCCACUCGCAAGGAGCAGGAGGAGAAGGAGAAGGAGCCGUCGGUGCCGAAGGAGACGCCGGCCAAAGGAGGCGAGAACGAGAAAGAUGCUUCCACGGAGAAGAGCAAGAAGAAGGGGUUCCUCUUCAAGGCCAAGAAGGCUGCCUUCACCCCGGCUCCUGUGGUUCCCAGCAUGCCGCGGCUGAUGGAGGAUGUGGUUCCUGACGAUCGGGACGACGUUGACAUCAUCCUCAACACCACCACCUAUUAUUACUCGGUGCGUGUGUUCGCGGGCCAGGAACCCAGCGGGGUCUGGGUGGGCUGGAUCACCCCCGACUACCACCAGUACGACCUUCACUUCGACCUCAGCAAGGUCAGGAACGUGACGGUAACCGUGGGAGACGACAAAGGCAACAUCCAUGACAGUAUGAAGCGCAGUAACUGCUACAUGGUGUGGGGCGGAGAGUUCAGCAGCUCUCAACAGACACGCAUCAGUCAGGAAGACUUUGUGAUUGGCUGCCUCAUCGAUUUGGACACAGGUCUCAUGACCUUCACAGCCAAUGGGAAAGAGAUCAACACUUUCUACCAGGUGGAGCCCAACACUAAACUGUUCCCAGCUGUGUUCGUCCUGCCGUCCAGUCAGAACAUGAUACAAGUGGAACUGGGCAAGCUCAAGAACAUCAUGCCCAUCUCGGCGGCCAUGUUCCGCAGCGAGCGUAAGAACCCGGUUCCCCAGUGCCCCCCCCGUCUGGACGUCCAGAUGCUGACCCCGGUCAUAUGGAGCCGCAUGCCCAACCACUUCCUGUCGCCGGAGACGCGGCGCGUGAACGAGAGGCACGGCUGGAGUGUGGAGUGUAGAGAACCCCUCACCAUGAUGGCUCUCCACAUCCCUGAGGAGAACAGGUGCAUCGAUAUCCUGGAGCUGUCGGAGAGGAUGGACAUGCUCAAGUUCCACUACCACACCCUGAAGCUGUACGGCUCGGUGUGUGCGCUGGGCAACAACCGCGUGGCCCACGCCCUCUGCAGCCACGUUGACGAAUCCCAGCUCUUCUACGCCAUCGAGAACACCUACCUGCCCGGGCCAAUCAGGAGCGGCUAUUACGACCUGCUCAUCAGCAUCCACCUGGAGUCGGCCAAGAGGAACCGGCUGAUGACCAACAAGGAGUUUAUCGUUCCCAUGACGGACGACACGCGCAGCAUCACGCUGUACGCGGAUUCGGACGCAGACAAGGCCCACGCCCUCCCCGGGGUCGGACUCACCACCUGCCUCCGCCCCAAGCUCCACUCCUCUCCCACGGGGUUCGUGGGCACUAACCUGGACAUCUACACCCUCAGCCCCUCCAUCCCCCUGCAGGUUAUGAAGUCCAAGGCCCUGACCAUGUUGACGGAGGCCGUACAAGACGGUGGGCAGGCCAUGAGAGACCCUGUAGGGGGCAGCGUCGAGUUCCAUUUCGUUCCCAUCCUCAAGCUCAUCAGCACCCUCCUCAUCAUGGGCGUGUUCGACGACGAGGACGUCAAGCACAUCCUGAAGAUGAUCGAGCCCACCGUGUUCAGCUCCGAGGCCGAAGGCCUGGCCGAGGAGGAGGGGGAGAGGAAGGGGGAGGAUGGUCAGAGACUGGCCCUCAAAGAAGAAGGGGAGGAGGUGAAGGAGGAGGAAGAGGGAGUGGGGGAGGGAGAGGACACUGAAGAUGAAGGGAUGGGCGAAGACGAUAAAGAGUUGGAGUUGGAGGAAGAGGAUGAGGAGGAGGAGCUAGGUAAAGAAGAGAAAGAAGCAGGGGAUGUGAAGAAAGCGGAGGGAGAGAGGGAGGCGGAGGAGGAGAAGGCCAAGGCUGCGGAUGCAGAGGGAGACACAGGCGUACAGGAGGGUCUUCUACACAUGAAGCUGCCUGAGUCCGUCAAACUCCAGAUGUGCACUCUCCUCCAGUAUUUCUGUGACUGUGAGCUACGUCACAGAGUAGAAGCCAUCAUCGCCUUCUCAGACCAGUUCGUCACCCAGAUCCAGUCCGACCAGCGGCAUCGCUACAACGAGCUCAUGCUGGCCUUCACCAUGAGCGCCGCUGAGACCGCGCGCAAGACCCGCGAGUUCCGCUCUCCCCCGCAGGAGCAGGUCAACAUGCUGAUGAACUUCAAAAACUGCUCGGAGGACCACGAGUGUCCGGUGCCUGAUGAUGUCCGUGACGCGCUGCUGGCAUUCCACAAAGACCUGCUGUCCCACUGCGGGGUGCAUAUCGAGGAGGAGGAAGAGGAGGAGGAGGUGGAUAACUCCCUCAGGGGAAGGCUGCUGCGUAUGCUGGAGAAGGUCAGGACCUUCCGCAGGAGGAAGAUUGAGGAGGAGAGCAAACCUGAAGAAGAAGCCAAACCCAGCACCCUCCAGGGGCUCAUCUCCCACACCAUGAUCCACUGGGCCCAGGAGUCGUUCAUCCAGAACCCGGAGCUGGUGCGUCUCAUGUUCAGCCUGCUCCACAGGCAGUACGACGGGCUGGGGGAGCUGAUCCGAGCCCUGCCCAAGGCCUACACCAUCAACGCCGUGUCGGUCCAGGACACCAUGGACCUGCUGGAGUGUCUGGGCCAGAUCCGCUCGCUGCUUAUCGUCCAGAUGGGCCCUGAGGAAGAGAGGCUGAUGAUCCAGAGCAUCGGGGACAUCAUGAGUAACAAGGUGUUCUACCAGCACCCUAACCUAAUGCGUGCGCUGGGCAUGCACGAGACGGUCAUGGAGGUGAUGGUCAACGUGCUGGGUGGAGGAGACUCAAAGGAGAUCAGGUUCCCUCGCAUGGUGACCAACUGCUGUCGUUUCCUGUGCUACUUCUGCCGCAUCAGCCGUCAAAAUCAGCGCUCCAUGUUCGAUCACCUCAGCUACCUGCUUCAGAACAGUGGCAUCGGCCUGGGCGUGCGAGGCUCCACCCCUCUCGACGUUGCCGCGGCUUCCUGUAUCGACAACAACGAGCUGGCGCUGGCUUUGCAGGAGCAGGACCUGGAGAAAGUGGUGAAGUACCUGGCUGGCUGCGGCCUGCAGAGCUGCACCAUGCUCAUGGCGAAGGGCUACCCCGACAUCGGCUGGAACCCGUGUGGAGGGGAGAAGUACCUGGACUUCCUGCGUUUCGCCGUCUUCGUCAACGGAGAGAGCGUGGAGGAGAAUGCCAACGUGGUGGUGCGCCUGCUCAUCCGGAGGCCCGAGUGCUUCGGCCCCGCCCUGAGGGGGGAGGGGGGGAACGGGCUGCUGGCCGCCAUCGAGGAGGCCAUCAAGAUCUCCGAGGACCCGGCCAGGGACGGACCCACCGUCAAGAAGGACCGACGCUUCCCCAUGUUCGGAGGAGAGGAGCAGCAGGAGGACAACCGUGUCCACCUGGGGAACGCCAUCAUGUCCUUCUACUCUGCUCUGAUCGACUUGCUGGGGCGCUGCGCUCCGGAGAUGCACCUGAUCCAGGCAGGGAAAGGAGAAGCACUCAGGAUCAGGGCCAUCCUGCGCUCCCUGGUGCCCAUCGAGGACCUGGUGGGCGUCAUCAGCCUGUCGGUGCAGAUCCCUGCUUUCGGAAAAGACAACAGCAUCAUUGAACCCAAGAUGUCCGCCAGUUUCGUCCCGGACCACAAGGCACCCAUGGUGCUGUUCCUUGAUCGUGUGUACGGCAUCGACAACCAGGACUUCCUGUUGCACGUGCUGGAGGUGGGCUUCCUGCCGGACAUGAGGGCAGCCGCCUCCCUGGACACGGCAGCGUUCUGCACCACGGAGAUGGGUCUGGCACUGAACCGCUACCUGUGCUCGGCCGUGCUGCCCCUCAUCACCAAGUGCGCUCCUCUGUUCGCCGGCACGGAACACCGGGCCAUCAUGAUCGACUCCAUGCUGCACACCAUCUACCGGCUGUCCCGAGGCCGUGCCUUCACCAAGGCCCAGAGGGACGUCAUCGAGGAGUGCCUCAUGUCCCUGUGCAAGUAUCUACGUCCGUCUAUGCUGCAGCACCUGCUCAGGAGGCUGGUGUUUGACGUGCCCAUUCUCAACGAGUACGCCAAGAUGCCGCUUAAGCUUUUGACCAAUCACUACGAGCGCUGUUGGAAGUACUACUGCCUGCCCAACGGCUGGGGCAACUUUGGAGUGUCGUCUGAAGAGGAACUUCACCUCACCCGCAAGCUGUUCUGGGGCAUCUUCGAGUCCCUGGCUCACAAGAAAUUCGACGCGGAGAUGUUCAAGAUCGCCAUGCCGUGUAUCUGCGCCAUCGCCGGAGCCAUCCCUCCCGACUACGUGGACGCCAGCUACUCGUCCAAAACAGAGAAGAAAGCCUCGGUGGACGCUGAGGGAAACUUUGACCCCAAACCUGUGGACACCACCAACACGAUCAUCCCAGAGAGACUAGACGGCUUCAUCAACAAGUACGCUGAGCUCACGCAUGACAAGUGGGCUUUUGAGAAGAUUCAGAACAACUGGACAUACGGCGAGCUGUUGGAUGAAAAUUCGAAGACCCACCCCAUGCUCAGACCCUACAAGACGUUCUCUGAGAAGGACAAAGAGAUCUACCGCUGGCCAAUCAAGGAGUCCGUCAAGGCCAUGCUGGCGUGGGAGUGGACGCUGGACAAAGCGAGGGAUGGAGGAGAGGAGGAAAAGGCGGAGAAGAAGAAGGCAGCUAGGAAGAUCUCUCAGACGGCGCAGGCGACCUAUGACCCCAGCCAUGGCUACAGCCCUCAGCCAAUAGAAAUCUCUCACAUGGCUCUAUCAAGAGACCUGCAGUCCAUGGCAGAGCAGCUGGCUGAGAACUACCACAACACCUGGGGCCGGAAGAAGAAGAUGGAGCUGCAGUCCAAAGGAGGCGGAUCUCACCCCCUGCUGGUGCCGUAUGACACCCUGACGGCGAAGGAAAAGGCCCGGGACCGAGAAAAGGCUCACGAGCUUCUGAAGUUCCUGCAGCUUAACGGUUAUGCCGUCACCAGGGGGCUGAAAGACAUGGAGUCAGACAUAUCGUCCAUCGAGAAGCGCUUUGCCUACGGCUUCCUGCAGAAGCUUUUGAAGUGGAUGGACAUCGCCCAGGAAUUCAUCGCUCAUCUGGAGGCUGUGGUGAGCAGUGGGAGAGUGGAGAAGUCUCCUCACGAGCAGGAGAUCAAGUUCUUCGCCAAGAUCCUGAUGCCUCUCAUUAACCAGUACUUCAAAAACCACUGUCUGUACUUCCUGUCUACGCCAGCUAAGGUUCUGGGGAGUGGGGGACAUUCCUCUAAUAAAGAGAAAGAAAUGAUCGCAAGUAUCUUCUGUAAAAUGGCCGCUCUGGUGAGACACAGAGUUUCCCUCUUCGGAACCGACGCCCAAGCUAUCGUCAACUGCCUUCACAUCCUGGCGCGGUCCCUGGACGCAAGGACGGUGAUGAAGUCCGGGCCUGAGAUCGUCAAGGCCGGCCUGCGCUCCUUCUUCGAGGGAGCAGCGGACGACAUCGAGAAGAUGGUGGAGAACCUGAAGCUGGGCAAGGUGUCUAAAGGCAACCAGCAGGUGAAGGGCGUGUCCCAGAACAUCAACUACACCACCAUAGCUCUGCUUCCUGUCCUCACCUCGCUGUUCGACCACGUCGCUCAGCACCAGUUUGGAGAUGACGUCAUUCUGGAUGACCUCCAGAUGUCCUGUUACCGGAUCAUGUGCAGCAUCUACUCUCUGGGAACAGUCAAGAAUCCUCACGUGGAGAGACAGAGGCCUGCUCUUGGGGAGUGUCUGGCUCACCUGGCGGCAGCCAUGCCUGUAGCCUACCUGGAGCCCAACCUGAACGAGUUCAACACCUACUCAGUCUACACCACCAAGACCCCCAGAGAACGAGCCAUCUUGGGUCUUCCCAACGAGGUGCAGGAGCUUUGCCAGGACAUCCCGGAGCUGGACGUCCUGCUGAAGGAGAUCGGUGACCUGGCCGAGUCUGGGGCCCGCUACACCGAGAUGCCCCACGUCAUCGAGAUCACCCUGCCCAUGCUGUGCAACUAUCUGCCCCGCUGGUGGGAGAGGGGGCCAGAGAACGUUCCAGAGCUGGAGGGCCAGGUCUGCACGGACGUCACCUCCGAACACCUCAACCAGCUGCUGGGAAGCAUCAUGAAGAUUGUGGUCAACAACCUGGGCAUUGACGAGGCCUCCUGGAUGAAGAGGCUGGCCGUGUUCUCUCAGCCCAUCGUGAGCAGGGCUAAGCCCGAGAUGCUCAAGUCCCACUUCAUCCCCACCAUGGAGAAGCUGAAGAAGCGGACGGGGAAGGUGGUGGCGGAGGAAGAUCACCUGCGCCUGGAGGGCAAGUCUGAGGGGGACGAGGAGGAGGGAACCAUCAGGGAUGAGUUUGCAGUGCUCUGCAGAGACCUCUACGCCCUCUACCCCCUCCUCAUCCGCUAUGUGGACAAUAACAGGGCGAGAUGGUUGACUUGUCCUGACCCCGACGCUGAGGAGCUGUUCCGGAUGAUUGGAGAGGUCUUCAUCUUCUGGUCCAAAUCUCACAAUUUCAAGCGAGAGGAGCAGAACUUUGUGGUGAUGAACGAGAUCAACAACAUGUCUUUCCUCACUGCUGACAGCAAGAGCAAGAUGAGCAAUGCCGGGGAUUCUGAGCCGUCAGAUGGACAGGCCGGGGGCUCGGACGUGGAACGUACCAAGAAGAAGAGACGGGGGGAUCGCUACUCGGUGCAGACGUCCCUGAUCGUGGCAGCCCUCAAAAAGAUGCUCCCCAUAGGCCUGAACAUGUGCUCCCCCGCCGACCAGGAGCUCAUCAACCUGGCCAAGAUCAGAUACUCCCUGAGAGACACUGACGAGGAGGUGAGGGAGUUCCUGCAGAACAACCUUCAUCUCCAGGGCAAGGUGGAGAACCCGUCCAUGCGCUGGCAGAUGGACCUGUACAAGGUGAUGGCAGGGAAGGCGGAGGACGCAGACGCUCCAGAGAAGGUGGUGAAGAGAGUCCAGGAGGUAUCGGCUGUUCUGUAUCACAUGGAAGUGACGGAACACCCCUUCAAGUCCAAGAAGAUGGUGUGGCACAAGCUGCUGUCCAAGCAGAGACGCAGAGCUGUGGUGGCCUGCUUCAGGAUGACCCCCCUCUACAACCUGCCCAGGCACCGCGCCUCCAACAUGUUCCUGGAAGGGUACAAGCGUAACUGGAUCCACACGGAGGGCUACUCCUUCGAGGACAGAAUGAUCAACGACCUGUCAAAAGCCAUGGAGCAGGAGGAAGGUGAGGAAGAGGAGGAGACAGAGACUAAGCCAGACCCUCUGCACCAGCUCAUCCUGCACUUCAGCCGCACGGCCCUCACAGAAAAGAGUAAACUUGAUACAGAUCAUCUAUAUAUGGCUUAUGCUGAUAUUAUGGCAAAGAGUUGUCAUAACUGUGAGGAGGACGAAGGGGGUGAGGAUGAGGAGGGAGGAGCCGAAGAUGAGAUGUCCUUUGAGGUGCGACAGUCAGAGCUGGAGAAAGAGACGGAGCGACAGCGGCUCCUGUACCAGCAGUCACGUCUGCACAACCGAGGAGCAGCCGAGAUGGUCCUGCAGAUGAUCAGCGCAUGCAAAGGAGAGACGGGCUGCAUGGUGUCCUCCACCCUCAAGCUGGGCAUCUCCAUCCUGAACGGGGGCAACUGUGAAGUUCAGCAGAAAAUGCUCGAGUACUUGAAGGACAAGAAGGAUGUUGGUUUCUUCCUGAGUGUGCAGGCGUUGAUGCAGACCUGCGGGGUCCUGGACCUGAAUGCGUUUGAGAGACAGAACAAGGCAGAGGGCCUGGGCAUGGUGUCAGAAGAGGGCACUAACAUGAAGCUAGAACGGGGUGAGAAGGUCAUGGCCGAUGAUGAGUUCACCUGCGACGUCUUCCGCUUCCUGCAGCUGCUCUGCGAGGGCCACAACAACGACUUCCAGAACUACCUUCGGACUCAGACUGGCAGCACCACCACCAUCAACAUCAUCAUCUGCACCGUGGACUACCUGCUGCGGCUGCAGGAGUCCAUCAGUGACUUCUACUGGUACUACUCUGGGAAAGAGAUCAUUGACGAGCCAGGCAAGAAGAACUUCUCGAAGGCCAUGAUUGUGGCCAAGCAGGUCUUCAACAGCCUGACGGAGUACAUCCAGGGCCCGUGCACGGGGAACCAGCAGUCCCUGGCCCACAGCAGACUGUGGGACGCGGUGGUGGGAUUCCUUCACGUGUUCGCCCACAUGAUGAUGAAGCUGGCCCAGGGUAAAGACUCGAGCCAGAUCGGUCUGCUGAAGGAGCUGCUAGACCUGCAGAAGGACAUGGUGGUGAUGCUGCUGUCUCUGCUGGAGGGUAACGUGGUGAACGGCACCAUCGCCAGGCAGAUGGUGGACAUGCUGGUGGAGUCCUCCAGCAACGUGGAGAUGAUCCUCAAGUUCUUCGACAUGUUCCUCAAGCUGAAGGACAUCGUGGCGUCGGACGCCUUCCGCGACUACGUGACAGACCCCCGUGGGCUCAUCUCCAAGAAGGACUUCCAGAAGGCCAUGGACAGCCAGAAGCAGUACUCCCCCUCAGAGAUCCAGUUCCUGCUUUCGUGCUCCGAGGCCGACGAGAACGACAUGAUCAACUACGAGGAGUUUGCCAGCCGCUUCCAGGAGCCGGCGAAGGACAUCGGCUUCAACAUCGCCGUGCUGCUCACCAACCUCUCCGAGCACGUUCCUCACGACACGCGGCUGCAGAACUUCCUGGGGCAGGCGGAGAGCGUUCUCAACUACUUCCGGCCCUUCCUGGGUCGCAUCGAGAUCAUGGGGGCGAGCAGGAAGAUCGAGCGGAUCUACUUUGAGAUCAGCGAGGUCAACCGCAGGCAGUGGGAGAUGCCGCAGGUCCGAGAGUCCAAACGGCAGUUCAUCUUCGACGUGGUCAACGAGGGGGGAGAGAGCGAGAAGAUGGAGCUGUUUGUCAACUUCUGCGAGGACACCAUCUUUGAGAUGAACAUUGCGUCGCAGAUCUCGGAGCAGGAGGAGGAGGAGAAGGGAGGGGACGACGAGGAGGGAGCAGAGGGAGGAGCCGAGGCUGGGGCGGGCGCCGGGGCGGGGGCCGGCGGGGGCGGAGGGGACGAGGAGGGGAACGGAGAGGAGGUCCAGCCAGAGUCCAGCUCGGCAUUCGCCGAAUUCAUCAACAGCUUGCUGAACUUCCUCAGCAUCUUCACCUUCCGGAACCUACGCAGGCAGUACCGCAGAGUACGUAAGAUGACGGUGAAGGAGAUGGUGGUGGGUCUGGUCACCUUCUUCUGGACCAUCCUGGUGGGGAUCGUGCUGUUCAUCUACAGCGUGUGCAAAGGCUUCUUCCACCUCCUCUGGCAGACCCUGUUUGGGGGGGGCCUGGUGGAGGGGGCCAAGAACAUGACGGUGACGGAGAUCCUGGCCAGCAUGCCGGACCCUACGCAGGACGAGGUCCACGGGGACCUCCCUGGGGAGGCGGGGGCGGGGGAGGAGCAGGAGGCAGGGGGCGUGGCCGACCCAGGAGACGCCGGGGGGGGCGAGGAGGAGGAGGAGGACAACCAGGACAAGGAGGGGAGGACGUCGGGGAUAGAUGCCCCUGGUGGCCUUGGAGACAUGGGGGUGGAGGCCCCUGUGGAGCCCCCCACUCCUGAGGGAACCCCCCUGACCAAGAGGAAGCAGCAGCCAGAGGUGGAGCCUGGCCAGACAGCAGACCCUCCCCCUGCCGUGGAGGAGCCCCCCCCGGAACCUGAGAAAGCAGAUGUUGAAAAUGGAGAGAAGGCAGAGAAAGAAGCCGAGAGCAAAGAAGAAGAGACGCCCGAGGAACCAAAGAAAACGAAGGCCAAAGCCAAAGCAGAGAAGAAAGGAACCAAAGAAGGAGGGUUCGAGCUCUGGAACGAGCUGGACAUCCAAAGGAACAAAUUCAUGAAUUACCUCUCCAGAAACUUCUACAAUCUGCGUUUCCUGGCUUUGUUCAUUGCCUUCGCCCUCAACUUCAUCCUGCUGUUCUACAAGGUGUCCGACAGUCCUCUGGGGGACGAGGAGGAAGGUUCUGGAGUGCUCGAGGGCAGCGGGGUGUUUGAAGGCUCUGGCGAAGAAGCAGACGGGUCCGGGAUGGAGGAAGGAGGAGAGGAUGAGGACGAUGAAGACAGUCCCAUCUACUUCUUCUUGGAGGAGAGCACAGGCUACAUGCAGCCCACGCUGUCCUUCCUGGCUGUUCUGCACACCACCAUCGCCUUCAUCUGCAUCAUAGGAUACAACUGUCUCAAGAUCCCUUUGGUCAUCUUCAAGAGGGAGAAGGAGCUGGCCAGGAAGCUGGAGUUUGAUGGUCUGUACAUCACCGAGCAGCCCGAGGACGACGACAUCAAGGGCCAGUGGGACCGUCUGGUCCUCAACACCCCGUCCUUCCCAAACAACUACUGGGACAAGUUUGUGAAGCGAAAGGUCCUGGAUAAGUACGGAGAUAUUUACGGCCGUGAGAGAAUAGCAGAGCUGCUGGGGGUGGACCUGGCAUCUCUGGACGUCAGCGAGCAGCAUGAGAAGAAGCAGGAGGAGCCAGACAGCUCCAUGUUCUCCUGGCUUACUACCAUUGACCUCAAGUACCAGAUAUGGAAAUUUGGCGUUGUGUUUACAGAUAACACGUUCCUGUAUCUAUGCUGGUACACUAUCAUGUCUCUCCUCGGACAUUACAACAACUUCUUCUACGCCUGCCACCUGGUGGACAUCGCCAUGAGCGUCCAGACCCUCAGGACCAUCCUCUCCUCAGUCACCCACAACGGGAAGCAGCUGAUGAUGACGGUGGGUCUCCUGGCCGUGGUGGUCUACCUCUACACCGUGAUCGCCUUCAACUUCUUCCGCAAGUUCUACAACAAGAGCGAGGACGAGGACGAGCCGGACAUGAAGUGUGACGACAUGAUGACGUGCUACCUCUUCCACAUGUACGUGGGCGUGCGGGCAGGGGGGGGCAUCGGGGACGAGAUCGAGGACCCGGCGGGGGAUGAGUACGAGCUGUACCGCGUCGUCUUCGACAUCACCUUCUUCUUCUUCGUCAUCGUAAUUCUCCUGGCCAUCAUCCAGGGUCUGAUCAUCGAUGCCUUUGGAGAGCUGAGAGACCAGCAGGAGCAGGUUAAGGAAGACAUGGAGACGAAAUGCUUCAUCUGUGGGAUCGGCAGUGACUACUUUGACACGACGCCGCACGGCUUUGAGACGCACACCCUGGAGGAACACAACCUGGCCAACUACAUGUUCUUCUUGAUGUACCUCAUCAACAAAGACGAGACGGAACACACCGGCCAGGAGUCGUACGUUUGGAAGAUGUACCAGGAGAGAUCGUGGGACUUCUUCCCAGCCGGAGACUGUUUCAGAAAGCAGUACGAGGAUCUGCUGGGAUAACCAGAGAGCUGCCAAGGUCCUUCUACACCCGCAGGCUCCUGGAGAGAGACCUGCCUGGAGGUUUGAGCUCCAACCACACUUAUUCAACCUGAUUCAAGCACUAGUUUGAAUGACUAUACCGCCUGAUCAUCCGGCUUAUGAUUGUGUGGUAGAUUAAUGUUGGGAGUGAACCUACAGGCAGGUAGCUCUCCAAGAACAGGGUUGGAGACGCCCUGUUCUAGAACGUCGGCUGGAGGGGUUCCGGAAGGGUCAGGAAGGUUGCCUUGGUUACAGUGUUGGUCAGUCAUGGGUUUGUGUUCUAAUGAAUGACAGUGUUUAUAAGUGAGAGGGCGGUCCACUCUAGUUUCAUAGAUUCUGAUGUUUUAUUACAAUCAAUGUGUGACAGCGAGACUCUCUACUGUGUAAAAUGGAGGUGGUGGAUUACUGUGAGGUCAGCAGUGACAAAACAUAAGAUUCAUGAGAUUGUGUAGCCAAGCAACAACAUCAACUGGAGAGUUAAGCACAUUGGAAUGUCAGUAAUCUGGACUGAAACGACAUGCUGUUUUUCAUCAUGAAUUUUGAGUUCCAUGCUGCACUUGGAAACAUUUGCUCCCGGCCAGUUUGACGCAAACUGUGUCCCGAAUGCUGUUCCUCUGUCGAUGCUGGUGUGGCAGAACAAGCUUCAUGUCAGCAGAAGGAAGUGACAUCAUGUCAGCAGAAGGAAGUGAAAUCAUGUCAGUCUGAUUCUGGGACUGGCUCUUUCUUCUCAUAGUACCUCAUGAGCAUCACUGAUCUGACUGGUUGAAUUUUUGUUAAAUAUAUUUAUAAUUUAUUGUUGCAAUAUGUUGGAGUGGAUUACAGUAAUUCCAGAUUACAGUAAUAACGUAACCAACCCUGAUAGAUAUUAUAGAUACUGUUGAUUAUGUUUUUUGAUUCAGAAGUUUGUCGUCUGAUUUCAUUGUUAAUGAAUUAGGAUAUUUGUUUUGAUCUUUGUAUUUUCGAGCAUGAGACUGGUUGAAGCAAGUCACAGUGAAAACUGACAGCACUGGAUGUGUACAAAAAAGACCUCAAAGUUUCAUCCUUGAAAUUGUCUAGAUGUAAAGUGUCAAUAAUAGAAUAAAAGUACGAAAGCAUCUUCCCAGUC